AUCAACAACCUCCUUCUAAACCAGUCAUACCCCGAGGAAGUAAUCUCAAGGUCCAGAAUGGCGGUGAAUACUGGGAACACAAUUGGUGUCGUUCUCCUCCUGGACGUGAUGGUAGCGGCGGUAUCAACACCAGUGGCAACUGCCGAAGAGUUCUGUUGGGACAAAUGUAUCAAGCGCUGCAAGGGAGAACUAGAGGUUUGCAGCCCAAAGUGCAUUCAUUUUUGCAACUAUCAAUCCGGAGCCAUAGGAUAUGUUAAGUGGGCUGCCGAUAAACUGAAGGAGGCCGCUGCUGCCCCGCCCAAAAAGGCUGUCCUCCUCAAGAAUGAAGCUCAAACGUACUUAGAACGUGCCAAUGCCCUCAACGAGAAAGCUGGGACACCGUGAGUGUGCACCCUUCCGUCUAUAGGUGUCGCUGUUGUUAUGGUGUCUAAAAAUGUUUUGUUUAUUUAAA